AUGUUACCUGACAGCAGUCCUUGGAAUCAACAGAGGACAAACACUGUUACUGACUGCAAGAAUCCAGUCUUCCACGAAACUUUCACUUUUUCCGUAGGUGAUGAAGACAAAAAGAAGAGACUCCUCUUCACAGUGUGGAACUAUGCUGAAUCUCCCAGAAGACUUCUGGGCUGCAUGAGCUUUGGGGUGAAUUCCUUGAUCAACCCAGAUAAGGAGGUUGAUGGCUGGUAUUACCUGUUGGGAGAAGACCUGGGGAAGACCAAACACCUUCGACUUUCGCCCCGUGACUCUUUCGUCUAUCUCUCUUCAGAAGCUGCCUUGGCAAACCAUGGUGGUGCCCACGAAACCACAAGUCCGGAGAAUAUGCAAUGCUUAACGGUGACCAUCCUUCGAGGAAAGGACGGCUACGGAUUCACCAUCUGCUCUGAUUCUCCAGUGAGAGUGCAAGCUGUUGAUCCAGGUGGCCCUGCAGACCAGGCAGGCCUGCAGCAGUUGGACACUCUGCUGCAGCUGAACGGACAGCCUGUGGAGCAGUGGAAGUGUGUGGACCUGGCUCAUGCUAUCAGAAACAGUCUAGACGAGAUCACAGUGGUGGUGUGGAGGACAGGCCCGGCUGCCAAGCCUGCAUACGAGGGUCUGAUCCACCAGCCUUCCUACAAACCUACCAACUAUGGCCCCACCUCACCCCCCAAACACAAACGAGAAAAGACCCCGCCUGUCCCGCCCCUGCCCGCCCAUCACCACGCCAGCCGGAGGGUCCUGGUGAAUGGCUCGGAGGUGUUUGCAGGCGGGGGAGGGGGUGUGGGCGGCGGCGGAGGCGGAGGCGGAGGCAGCGGUGUGGGUGUGUCGUGGGCCGGACACCGAGGAGAUGAGGGGGACGGAAAAACCAGGAUGCAGACCCUCCGGGGGACGCGUGUAAAAGCGUCGAACGGGGACAAUUACAUCAUUCUGUCCCCCAUCAACCCUGGAAGCCAGAUACUGCGGCCUGUGUACCAAGACAACCACACUUCAGUAGCAGGGAGGGUGUAUCCAAGUCGCCAAACCAGUGUGCCACAACCACAGAGUGGCACAGCCCAGGCCGCACCGAGUUUGUCCACCAGAACCAACUUCCUGCGCCGUUCUGCCAACAGCAAGACGUCCAAGACUCCCCAGUCAGGAAACUAUCAGCAGAGCUCCAACUUCGCCAACUACCAGAACUGCACCAUCGUCCGGUCUCACGUACCCCAUGCCAACUACGGUACAUACGUCAAAGUGGCCCCCAAGAUCCUCAUCUUUCCCAUCUUCGUACAGCCCUUGGACUUGUGCAACCCAACACGGACUCUUGUGAUUUCUGAGGAAAUGAUUCUCCACGAGAGCAAGCAUCUCUCCAUUAAGGUGACUGUGUUUAUCUACACAGACCUGAUGCUGGUGACCCGUGAGGAUGAACCAGGCCGUUGUAAUGUCCUUCAGAACCCUCUGUUCCUCAGACAGCUCCGACUGCAAGAGGAUCACGCUGAGGAGCUCAAGUUUUAUCUCAUCCACAUGACUGAGAAGUGUGACUGUCUGUUGAGUCUGGAGGCGUACAGCGUCGAGCAGAAGAGGCGUGUCUGUCAGUGUCUGAGGGAGAACAUCGACAAGCAGCUCCAGCUCCAGCGCAGAGAGAACUUUACUCCUCCUGAGCAGAUGCUGGAGCCCAAGCUUGAUGACCAGUGCCACACCGGGGGGCACCUGUGCUCCUCUGAGACGGACCCCUCCCUCGGCAGCCCGUCCGAGGCCCCUGUCCUGGGCAGCCCUCAGCCAGGUGACCUCACCCCCCUGGAGGAAGAUCACAGAGUUCCCCCGACCCCCCCGCCUUCCACCGAGGGAGAAGACGGCAAGAGCACGAUCUCAGGCAGUGUGCCUGAGAUCUGGCGAGAGGAGCGGAGCGAGGGAGAGGAGGAGAGGAAGACCACCACAGAGGAGGAAGACGAGGAGCAUCUCCGUGGCGGUGUGGAGGAGGAGGAAGACGAUGAGGAGAAGCAGCGGCAGGGCGACGAAGACCACACUUCGGAGGCGCCAGACACAAACGCUCCUCCUUCCUCUUCUUCCUCGUCCUUCAUUAUCCCUGAGCUGCGGCUAGAUCGGUCCUUCAGUGCCGACGCCCUCUCCUCGCCCGCCACUGACGAAGAGUAUGAUGAGGAUGACGAAGAUGAUGAAGAUGACGAAGAUGAAGAUGAGGAGGAGGACAGUGAUGAUAACUUUCUGGAACGCAGCGACAGUAAGAGGAGGAGCAUGGUGGAGGCCACGUCAUGUGAGAAACAUGGAGGCGGGGGGCUGAGCGUGCAAAACUCCCUGAGGCGGCGCACCCACAGCGAGGGGAGUCUCCUCCAGGACCCUCGCACCACCUGCUUCACCUCCGACAACGCCAUCAACUGCCUGGAGGUGUCAGGGAGCCACAAAGGAGGCUGGACACUGCCCUCACCCAAAACACUGAAGAAAGAGCUGACUAAGAAUGGAGGGUCCAUGCAUCAGCUCUGCAUGCUCUUCUCUGGAAGAAAGCUCAGCGGCAGUUCAGAGUGCAGCUGCGACGUGGGUCCGGACGGCACCAAGAAGAAAAAAUCCAAGAACCUGGCCAAAGACAUGAAGAACCGGUUGGCUUUUCUGAGGAGGAGGAAUGAAUCUCCCGGAAGCAACCCAGCCGGGAAGCUGGACAAAUCGAUGAAAUCAGUCAAGCCCACCCCUGAGGAGGCAUUGAAAUGGGGAGAAUCUCUGGACAAGCUGCUGGCUCACAAAUAUGGCCUGGCAGCUUUCAGGGCCUUUCUACGCACAGAGUUCAGUGAGGAGAAUCUGGAGUUUUGGUUAGCAUGCGAAGAUUACAAGAAGAUGAAAUCCCAGUCCAAGAUGGCAUCCAAAGCAAAGAAAAUCUUCGCAGAAUAUAUAGCCAUCCAGUCCUGUAAAGAGGUGAACCUGGACUCGUACACCAGAGAGCACACGAAGGAGAACCUGCAGAACAUCACGCGGUCCUGCUUCGACCUGGCCCAGAGACGGAUAUACGGCCUGAUGGAGAAGGACUCGUACCCACGGUUCCUCCGUUCAGAACUCUACAUGGACUUAAUUAACCAGAAGAAACCAAGCACCACAUCGACGUCCUCCUCAUCGUAAGAUUAACGAGUUUUGGAGAGAAUUAGAGAACAGAGACAUUAGAGCUAGUCGACGAGACGGUUUCCAUUUAACUUAGCGUUUUGUUACCAUUCGACAUCCUGUCCGCCAAACGGGUCGAGGCGAGAAAGGACUGGAAGAAGAAGCACGGGGUGGAAGAAGAUGGUGAGAUGGCGUGUUGUUUACAAGGUGUGUUGGCCAGAGAGACCGUGGAGAUGAGGAACAGAUCGUGCAACCAAUCAGAACAAGGGGCUGCAAACAGAGCUGGACAUACAUAUAUAUAAUUAUAUAUGUAUAUAUAUAUAUAUGGCAUCUUCAUGAUGUUCCAUGCUGAUGUUUGUUCCAGUUGUUAAUUUAAGUCAGUUUGUUUUAUUUACUAGAGAAAGGAUGAGAGGGGAGCCUGCUCCUUCGACACAAAGACAGUCGGGUACUGUUUUGUCGCUUUUUAUUAUCAGCUCUUUCUUUUUUUUCGUUCUACAAUCGCUCCUCAACAUCUUAGAGCGCUGCUGGUACGAUGCAGAGGCCGUUUUUCUUUAUUGUCGUUUUUGUCUUUCUUUUUUUUUUCUGUGUUCUUCUCUAAGAGGAACAUUUCUCCAACGUUGUCCAGUCAAGAGGCUGGAAGUGUAUGCAGCUGGAUACACAAACAAGCAACGCUAUUAACGAAACAAGAGUAGUCGCCCCAUUCCAUCGCGCUCUCUGUGGACCUUGCUCUUCUGGACCUGAAGCACAGAACUCCUGAGAUGUUAACCUCUGUCCUACACACAUCACCCCCCCUACACCCCCACCCCCUUUGUAACUUGUGUUGUGUUCGUCCUACAAAGAAUGUGGCCGAAGGACUUUUUUUUUCUUUUGAGUGGCAGCGCGAAACCUUAUGUCCGACGCCCAAGGACGAACGGACCAAACUCAUGAAGAAGAAAAAAUAAAACAUGAAAGCAGGAGACUUGGCCAGUGUCUCACACCUCAUUGGCCCCACAUGGAAACCCACCAUCUUCAAUGUCUCCAAAGACUGUAAAGAAAAAAAACAAACAAAAACGAAAAAGAGACGCUUGACUGUGUUCUGCAUAACCAAUAAGCAAUUUGUUGUAGCUCUUCACAGGGGACUGUUCUCAGGACAUUCAGACACUCAACUAUGAAACUUCCAAGCUUCUUUAUCCCUUUUGUUCUCUUUGUUUU